AUGCUGCGACUCUUGAAACAGCAAGUACGACACCAGACGACUCUGGCAGAUGUGCAGUGGCUCAAGAGCGUGUCGGCCUCUCAAAUUCCGCGCCAGGGCUUCACGUACCGCUUCGACAAGUCGUCUGGACCGGGCGGCCAGCAUGUGAACAAGACCAACACCAAGGCCACUCUCAAGAUGGACGCAAAGACGCUGCGGAGCUCGACGUGGAUUCCUCAGGCUGUGAAGACGCAGAUCUACAAGGGGGGUUCGAAUUUUCCGUUUCUCACCCUGGAUCAGAGUCUACUAGUGCAGUCUGACCGGUUUCGAUCCCAGACACAAAACGUGGAGGACUGCUUUGAGCGGCUGGCGGUGGCUCUGAGGCAAAUCAGGCUUCCAGACCGGCCGCACUCGCAGGAGUCGAUAGACAAGUGGGACAAGAUUGCAAAGAAGGAGGAUAAGAAGCGGUUGGCGGCCAAAAAGCGACUUAGUCAGAAGAAGGAGGGCAGGAGAGCCAAGGGGGAGUUCUGA